AUGAGCACUCUCUCAGAAGCCUAUGGAGAUUACCCCAUCCCUUCUGAUAUCACUCCUCUUGACUUCAACUCAAUCGAUAAAGUCCCCGAAACCCAUAUUUGGUCUCAACCCGACCUACAAACCCACCAAUAUCAUCCUCAAGAUCCAAUCAUUCCCGUCAUCGAUCUCACCGAUCCCAACGCAAUCGAUCAAAUACGUCAAGCAUGCGAAACUUUGGGCAUGUUUCAAGUCAUCAACCAUGGGGUGCCGUCGGUGCUGGUCAAUAAGGUCGAGUCAGAGAUACGAAGGCUUUUUGGUCUGCCGAUUCAGGAAAAGUGCAAGGUCUUGAGAUCACCAACCGGUGCCACCGGCUAUGGAACGGCUAGGAUCUCGCCGUUUUACGAUAAGGGUAUGUGGCAUGAAGGGUUCACCAUCAUGGGCUCUUGUCUUGAUGAUGCUAAGACUCUUUGGCCACAUGAUUUCCAAGGAUUUUGUGACACAAUGGAUGCUUUUCAAAACCAAAUGAAGCUACUUGCCCACAACCUCUUGCGUCUAAUCUUUCAAUCAUUGGAUGCAACACAAGAAGAAAUAAACUGGGCAACUUCAAGUCAUGGCUCUCAGGGUGCACUUCAACUCAACUCGUACCCAUCUUGCCCUAACCCUGACGGCACCCUGGGUCUUGCCGCUCACACUGAUACCCUCCUUUUGACGCUUUUGCACCAAGGUGGUGGUGUUAAUGGCUUGGAGAUCUUUGUUGAAGGUUCAGGUUGGACUCCAGUGAAACCAGUGGAGGACGGAUUUGUGGUAAACUUAGGUGAUCUCAUGCAUAUAUUCUCUAAUUCAAAGUUUCCGGUUGUUUAUCAUCGAGUGAUGGUGAACCAGUCGAAGCAACGUAUAUCGGCUGCUUACUUUUGUGGACCUCCGGUUGAGUCUGUGGUGGCUCCGUCGUCUAAGUUUCGAAACCCUUGUUUUAGACCUUUGGUUGUGAAAGAGUAUAUAAGCUUGAAAGCUAAGCAUUUUAACAAGGCUUUAUCCUUGAUUGGUCAAGAAUGAAAUACAUAGAAAAGGUCGAAUUCAAUAAAUAUAUAACGAUUGUA